CGAAUAGGCUUGCAGCAGAAUGUGACUGCUGCACGAGACCACUAAUAGACUUGGCUUUCGAGCAUAGCGCUGACUUCAUAGUUUAGUUCGCUGUCUCUUGAUCCUUUUAUGGAUUCGGUGGCUCGGGGACUCCGGCUUGAUCUUGCCUCCAGCAUAUGUGUGGGAAAGCACAGCCUUGAUCAUCUGUGAAUCUUCCUGCGAACGGUAUACUUCCAUUCCUACCUACCUGCGAAUCCUACAAGCAACGCAAAGCAAAACUCAAGACUGAGCGAACACACCAGAGCAAGCAAGAUGGCUUCUGCCGAAUACUACCUAGGCAGUCAGGCGGUGCAACAAAACCAUAACCAGCACCCGCCUGCGCCAUACCCACAUCAUACGCCACCCCGACCGCAAUACCAAAAGCAACAGCAGCCCCUGGCGCAGUCAUGGAAGCAACAGCAGUACCCGACACCAUCUUAUGCGAACACUCCUCCGCCGUCAUACUCGCCACAUGCCCCUCAACAUGAGAAACAACAGAUGCAAACCUACCCUUCUACCCCUCCGCCGCAACAGCAGUAUCCUGGGCAUGGCUACCGAGGGGCAGCAGCACCAUACUUUCCUCCUCCGUCACAACAUAAUGGAAUGCUAGGGCCGCCGCUACAGCAUGUGCGCAGUCACUCGCAGCCCGCCGGUCGGGUACAAUUCGCAGACCAGGAGUCGACCGUGCUUGGUUCGGAAAGCGACUCAGACAGCGCCCCUUCGCAGCGCCGCAGACGCCGCCGCCGUCGAAGCCGCGACCGCAUAUGCGAUUACGAGCAUUCAAGGGACGUAGACCGCGGCUUCGACUACAGCGAUCGAGACUACGAACGGUCUCGCGGACAUCGAACCAAGUCGCAUCAGAAGAAGCAUGACAACAGAGACACAUUCCUAGGCGCCGGUGCUGGAGGUAUUAUUGGCGAUGUAAUCUUCCCUGGUCUCGGCACAGCAGCAGGUCUGAUCAUCGGAGGACUCGGCGGCAGAAAGUACGCGAAAGACAAGGAGAGGAGCCAAAGCGAAGAAGGCUGCCCGCACCGACAUCGAGACGCAUUCCGCGAGGGCAGAGAAGAAGGCCGCGAAGAUAGAGAGCACGGAAGACAUAGACACCGCAAUAUGUACUACGAGGGAAAGGAGGACAAGUGGAGAGAUAAAGCAAGAGAUUCGGGAUAUGGGCACUAUGACCUGAACUCUGAAGAGUAUGAGGGCCACAAACAUCGUGGGCAGCAUAGGAAGUACGGACAGCAGGGCUGGGAUAAGGGUAGUGCAACUUUCAAGAGCGGUACAGCUGUACGAUAGACAAUCUGAAGGCCUGGGGCCAUUCAAGACCGACAUGACCUAAUGAAUCAAUCACAAUUUCUCGAA